CGGACGUUUUCACAGUCAACAUGUCAUUUUUGAAAGCCGGAAACUUAAACUUCAUCCGUUCUCGUCCAUUUCCUACACUGUGGUCUACGGGUUACUACUCUGUGCUAGCGUUUAAGAAGUUCAUACAACAAGAAAUUCAUCCAAUCAAGAUUUCUGUCAGUGCGUUGAUCCUCAUUGGUUUGGUUUCCUCAACGCCUCUGCUCCACGUGAUGUCUGUGUACAAUUUUCUGAAAUCUAAAGUAAGCGAACAUGCUACUAAGAAGAGCCCCGAUGCCCUGGAACGAGGCAAAAUGUAUGAGAUGGAAGAACCAAGUACUUUGUGA